GUCACGUCCGACUGCCAGCCUGCGUCGGACAUGUUCGCGCAGGGGGCAGCUAGCGCCGACCCCGCUGCCAACUUGAUGGUCCACGCGAUGCGCGCUGCCAUGGAGGAGCUAAUCACAACGCUCUCGCGCGCCAAUGGCAGCGCAGGUAACCCCCGGGGCGAUUGCAGUGACGAGAUAGCGAAGACG